GUUCCAAGAUCGAAGUUUCAUGACGUCACCAUGGCCUAGUUGAGGUGUUGUGGAGGAAAAACGCUCUUAUUUCACUCCAAAUCUCGGUCUGUUUAUGGUCGCGGGACACUCGGACACAUUCAUGAUCAACAGUGACAUUCACCGAGCGUACAGAUAACGCCUGAGAAACCGUAGCAGAGGCUGAAAACUGGUGGAAUUAUGUCCCGUCAUGAAGGUGUGAGCUGUGACGCAUGUUUGGAUGCGAAUUUUCGUGGGCGGCGCUACAAAUGUUUGAUAUGCUACGACUAUGACCUUUGCUCCACUUGUUAUGAAGGUGGAGCCACAACGACCCGGCACACUACAGAUCAUCCCAUGCAAUGUAUUCUCACUCGCCAUGAUUUUGAUGUGUAUUAUGGAGGAGAAGCACUUUCAGCAGACCAGCCUCAAAGUUUAACAUGUCCAUUUUGUGGGAAAAUGGGCUAUACAGAAACCUCUCUCCAGGACCAUGUUACAGCAGACCAUCCGGACACAGCAUAUGAAGUGGUGUGUCCAAUAUGUGCAUCUGUGCCAGGGGGAGAUCCCAACCAUGUUACAGAUGAUUUUGCUGCUCACCUCACGUUGGAUCACCGCUCAGGGGCUCCCAGGGACCUUGAUGAACCAUCUGGAUCACGCCAUGGAGUACGUAGAAUACCUCACCAGGGCCGAGGUAUCGGAAGGGGUGUAGCUAGACGGAACAUGACGUUUGGGAGUGUCAGCAGUGGUCUGUUUUCCCCAUCUUCACGCGAGUCGAUGGAUCCCAUUGCUGAGUUACUCUCGCAGCUUUCGGGAGUGCGUCGAGCCACGGCAAGUGACAACUCCUCUUCUGCUGCCUCACAGCUGCAACAGUUGCAGAUUCAGUUAGAACGGCAGCAGGUAGCAGGCCAGCCAACCAGCCAGGCUGCUGGUCUUCGUCAGCAGUUGGAGCGACUUCCUAGACGUGGUGGAGGCCCUAGCACUGGAGGGGUUGGCAGCGGGGCGAGUGGAAGCGCAUCGAAUAGCGGCGGAGGGAGUGGAGGGGGCGGAGGGGGCAGCGGAGGGGGAGGGGGCAGCGGUAGUCACAGCGGAGUCAUGGUCAACCUUGGGUCGAGCAGCACGGCGAAUGUGGUGACGACCCACCACCAGCCUCCUCCGCUACUAGUCCAGCCCACAUCCCACUCACAACCACAGUCACAGUAUCUCCUGGCAAGGCUUGGAGACAGUGAGAGUGAGACAGAUACUGGCACUGGGAGCAGUGAUAGAGCAGGGUUUGUCCAGGAACUGUUACUGUCCACCCUUUGCGACCUAAGCCUAAGCCACGGAGUCAUGGAGGAAGGAGGGGUCCUGGCAUCUACCCUUGGCAGGACAGGAAGUGAAAUGUCACAUGGGAAGGACUGUAGUAAAGGUGAUAGUGAGAAGACCCCGAAGGGUGUAGCAUCAUCAGACGUGUCGACUCAGACCUCUACUAGCACUCAAGUCCCCUCCAAUACCACAAACACAACCAAUACCCAGACUAACACACAGCUCCCAGCUAUGACCCAGUCCAAGACCACUACUUCAAUGAAGUCUGUCAAGGGGGCCAAGGGUGUUGUUGUAGCUCGAUCUAGUCCGGCAAAUCAGCAGCAGCAGCAUCAACAACAGCAGCAGUCAAAUGGAGGAGGGGUGGUAUCACGGCCAUUAACAGGGACGGGAACGGUGGCCGUUUCUCCAGUGGGGGGCCCCGGGAGGGGUCGAGCGUCGGGGGGCUCAGUGUCCCCGGGCGCAGCCCGCAGGAAGUUAGUACGUGGAGUAGAGGGCCGCGCCACAGAGCCUCCACCACCUCACUAGUACCCGCAGAGUCUAGUCCAGCACCAGAAGGCCUUCCUGAUGCCAACGAACCUUGCCCUUGCCACCCUUGUCCCUGCCACCCUUGUACCUGCCUGUAGCCAGCCAGACCAAAGAGGCAGGCAGGAUUCAGAACUUACAAUAAAGUUCUGCUAACAGUUUUGGCUUGGGUGUGAAUGUAUCAGUUAAUGGAUGUGGUUGGAAAAAGUUGUGUCUGGGUGUGUGUCUGGUGAUGUAUAGUCAUUUGUGCCACAGUCAGUGAAAGUGAUCAAGACAGCAAGAAGACAGGCUGGCUUGGCAGACUGGCAGAUGAGAAAAAAGGGGGCCCCUGGUGCCAAGAUGAAUUAAUAUGUACAUAUUGCAUGCUGUUUAAGCAUGCCAGGUUGCUGUGUAUAAAAUAUGUUCAGGCCUUCAUAAUACUGCAUAGCUUUACCCUAACCAAUCAUGAAAUCACAAUAUUGGCAUUGUCCUCAGUACUGUUCCUUCCCCAUCCUUGAUAACCAGAAUCACUCAGAACUAGUUCCUUUGUAAUAUAUAUUUCAAAUUGAGUAUUAGGUUUGAUUUCUUUUUUUUUCUUCUUUUUUUCUUCCAUGUGGUUUUUGCUGACAUAAAUAGAUUUUGAAGAUUUUUGCCCAAAUAGUGUUUGGAAUAUUUACAAAUUGUACUUUUUGUUGCAAAUGAUAUAACAGUAAGUAAUUCUUAUUAUAGAGCUUCACUUUGCUUUGGUAAGAUGAUAAUGGGUCACUCUCUUGCAGCCUAGUGUGAGACGUGUUAUAAAAUAAGUUAUUUGGAAGCCAUACCGUUUUUCCCCAGUGCUCUGAGAGCUGAGAACUUUUAAACUGAACUAGGAUGCAGGCACAUACAGUGCCACUUAGCUUGUUACCCAUCAUUUCUUGCCAUCAGUAGUAGUUGGAAGCCAUGCCAGAAUCCACAUGUAGCAUUUUUUAGGUGAAAUCACAAAUGUUCUGUGACCCCCAGGGAUUUUCAAUUACAAGCAGUUCAUUAGAAAUUGCUUCAAAGUCACAAUGAUACUUAAUCAAUAACAAGUAAUUCGAUCUUAAAGGAAGUGAAAAGUAAUAAAACCUGUAAUAAAAGAGAGCAACAUAGAGAGAGGAUGUUCCUGGGUGCAAGAAAUGUCACUUUUACCGUCUCAUGCUAGGCUGUCUUGUGAUGUUUCAUGGCACACUCAAAUUAUUCUACAGAUGGAUGAUCAUAAAAACCAAGAAACUUUUUUUUUUCUUUCUUUUUUUUUUUUCCUUUUUUUUUCUCCAGAUAUACAUCAUAGCACAGAUGAGCUAAUAUGUUUUAACAUUUUUUGGGAAUGUUUAUGAAUAAAAGUUGUAUGUACUUUUAAGCUCAUCUCUCUUUUUUUAUAUAUAUAAAGAGCAGUUGUAUUUUGUGACUAGAUCAGCAAUUUGGGCCAAAUAGGUCAGCCUAAUAUGCAUUUCCCAAUCCGCAAACGCAUGGAAUCCAAGGUUAUUGGAGAAGUACACGAGGCACACAUUAGCGGACAAUAUAUGUGGAAAUGAAGGGUUUACAGUUGAUAUGGAAAAUUAUGGCUUAUAUUCUCUUCAUUGUUAUUGUACAUUGAAAUAAAAAAGAACAUACACUGUAAAGCAUUAUUGAAAAUAGAUGUCUCUGAUUACAAUUUCUCAUUUCUUUCCAUGCUUCCUCUGAUUGACUAUUAGAAAUCCUUAUUAGAUUUAUUAUUACCUACAUCGGUGACAGGAAUCAGAAAUAUAUACUGUUGCAGAUUUUAUGCAGAUUAUUUAUGCUAUUGUUGUAGAUAUAUAAGUAUUUAUGUUUUUAUUGCUAUCAGUUUGAUCGUUGGUAUCAUAAUGUGCCCUUGGGUAUGAUUAUGAUGUUAAAGUCUGUUAAUGUGUUGGUAACAGUGGUAAUAAUCAUUAGUAGAGAGAGAUAAAGAACUGGUUGCUGAUUUGAAUGCCAUAUUCCUUGACGCUCGUGGAAUAUAAUUAAAUCGUAAAUACUUUUGUUUAUGGGAACGUGAUUUAGUAAAGAAUGCAUUUAUUUAAUAGAGCUUAGCAAACUAUGGGAUGUCUCACCCUUUAUGAUGUGUUGGAAGUCUCAGUUGUAGGACUGGAGGAUUUUUUCUGGUUUAUCAAUAAAUGAGAAUGAGUGGCAAGGUUAAAUCAUUACGUUACAUACUGGCAGACAAUUAUUUUAGGAAAAUCCCUAUUUUUGCUUUACUGAAGUUGAGAUAGUUUGUUUGUAUUUAAAAUUGUUUUGAUGCACAAACAAUACAGUAGCUACUACAUAAUAUGGAAGUUAUGUAAUAGUUUCACAUGCAGUAGUAGAAUGUUUUCUUCUGUAUCUAUUUUGUUUCCCAAAUACGUGAAUCUAAGGAGCAAUUGAAUAGUUAAGUGGUUCAGUUUAAGCUUACAAGUUAAUUUCAGUCACCAAAUCACCGUCAUCAUUUUCUACCAACUGAUGACUCUUCGUGUAACACAUGAUUUCAGUUGGCCUUGCAUCAAUGGUAUUCCGUUAUUUAACCCCAUACCUUAACUGUUUGCAGAGGGAACAGCUUGCCAAUGUGUUGACUAGAUGAAAAAAGUAGUAUUUCUAUGGAUGUUGAUUUCCAAAUGGUGCCUGUGUAAAGAAAACAGAUGUUUGGCUGUGUGUAUCUGUAUAUGCGUGUGUAUCCAUACAUGAAAUGCACAUCCAUUUGCAUAAAUAUGUAUAUAUUUAUAAUUCUAGUAUACAAAGGUUUGUUUAUACACAUCUUGCCAUUUAAAUAGGGUCAUAGAAAGUUCUUUAUGUAGCAUUUGAUAGUGCUUGGACCUCUCAUAUUAUUUGCAUGUUUCCUAGACUCCCACUUCAUAUUCACUUUCAAAUAUUGCUGUGCACUUUAACAUACUUGCAACAACUUUACACAUAGAGGCAGUUGUGUUAAUGUUUUUCAGUAUUCUACCUAAAAAAGCAGUUGUCAGGUUAGUUUCUUUACUUUUUUCCCCAGAAAUGAUGCCUUGUAUGUGAAUCCAUCUCGUAUAACCUAUAAGCUUGUUUUCACUUGGUGGACACUCGUUACUUUUUCUUAAACGGGUGCUAGAAGCCAGAACUGUAUUGUUAAUGCUGAAUAGCAAUGGGAUAUUAAAGCUGUAUUAAUUUA